AUGACCGCCGCCAAACUACCAUCCCCCUCCACCCGUCGGCCCGUCGGUCUCACCGCCGCAGCAUUUUCUGGAGGCCAGGCCAAGCAAGGCGUCGACCGCGGCCCCGCCGCCCUCCUCGCCGGCGGCCUCCUCUCCCAACUCCGCCACGACCUCGGCCUCUCCGUACACUGGGACGGACAGUUCCACGACUAUUCCAGCCUCAUCCCGGACAACGAUCCAGACGUGCGCGGCAUGCACCGGCCGCGCGCCGUGUCGGCCGCGACGCGCGCGCUCAGCGCCCAGGUGCACGCGCACGUUUUGGGCGGCCGCGUCGCGCUGACGCUGGGCGGCGACCACUCGAUCGGGAUGGGGACGGUGUCGGGGGUGGCGCGAGCGGUGAGCGAGGGGACGUUCGGCGCGGGGAAAGAGUUGGGCGUGGUGUGGGUGGAUGCGCACGGCGAUAUCAACACGCCGGCGACGUCGGCGAGCGGGAAUGUGCACGGGAUGCCUUUGGCGUUCCUGCUCGGGCUGGUCGAGAAGACAGGGGAGGAGGGGGAGGAGGAGGAGGACGUGUUUGGGUGGAUGGGGCAGGAGCAUCGCGUCAGUCCGCGGAAGCUGGUGUAUAUCGGGUUGCGCGAUCUGGACGAGGCGGAGAAGCGGGCUAUCCGGGAGAAUGGGAUCAAAGCGUAUACGAUGAGGGAUGUGGAGAGGUACGGGAUUGGAGAAGUCAUGGAGAGGGCGCUGGCAUGGCUGGGGCACGACACGCCUAUCCACUUGUCGUUUGACAUUGACAGCUUGGAUCCCUCGUUUGCGCCCAGCACCGGCUUUCCAGUGUGGGAAGGCCUGACGCUGCGCGAGGGAAACUUCAUCGCCGAAACUAUCGCCGCGACAGGCAACUUGGUUGGCCUUGAUUUGGUUGAGAUUAACCCGACCAUUGCUCCAGAGGCUCCAAAGAAGCCCCCAAGCCGCAUUUUCGAUUGA